AUGCACAUCUCUCAGAAACUUGCCCUGGCAAGGGCAGAGGGGAAGCCGACCUUUUCCUUUGAGUUUUUCCCUCCAAAGACGGCGCAGGGCGUGCAAAACCUCUACGAUCGCAUGGACCGCAUGCAUGGCUUCGGUCCCCAGUUCAUCGACAUCACUUGGGGUGCAGGUGGUCGUCACUCCAAGCUCACAUGCGAGAUGGUCAAGGUCGCCCAGUCGGUCUACGGUCUCGAGACGUGCAUGCAUCUGACAUGCACCGACAUGGAGAGAUCAAAGCUCGACGAAGCCCUCCGCGACGCCUACCAAGCUGGCUGCACAAAUAUCCUCGCGCUGAGGGGAGACCCUCCCCGGGAACGAGAGAAGUGGGAGGCUACUGCCGGUGGCUUCCGCUACGCGAAGGAUCUGGUCGAAUAUAUCAGGGAGAAAUACGGCAACCACUUUGACAUUGGUGUCGCGGCAUACUCGGAGGGAUGUGAUGACAACACUGAUGUCGACGAACUCAUCGAUCAUCUGAAGGAGAAGGUGGAUGCGGGUGCCACAUUCAUUGUGACCCAGAUGUUUUACGACGUUGACAUCUUCCUCAGAUGGGUGGAGAAGGUUCGUGCAAAGGGCAUUGACAUUCCCAUCAUUCCUGGCAUCAUGCCUAUCCACACCCAUGCAGCUUUCAUGAGGAGGGCGACCUGGACGAAAUGCAACAUCCCGCCUCAUUGGACCGAGGCUCUGGAGCCCAUCAAGAACGACGACGUGGCAGUUCGUGAGGUGGGGAGAGACCUGAUAGCAGAAUUGUGCCGGAAGCUGAUCGAUGCGGGUAUCAUGCAUUUGCACUUCUACACCAUGAACCUCGCACAAACUACACGCAUGAUCCUCGAAGAAUUAGAGCUUCUGCCCGGCAACACGUCGCCUCUGGAGAAGCCUCUCCCCUGGCGCCCAUCCCUGGGCCUCAACCGCCGAGACGAGAACGUCCGACCUAUAUUCUGGCGUAACCGCAACCGAUCUUACAUUGCGCGCACACAAGACUGGGACGAGUUUCCCAACGGUCGUUGGGGAGACUCUCGCUCUCCCGCCUUCGGCGAGCUGGACUCAUACGGCGUCGGCCUGAAGGGCACUAACGAGCAAAACAUCAAACUCUGGGGUACGCCAACAUCCAUCCAAGACGUUUCCAACCUUUUCGUGCGCUACAUGGAAGGAAAGGUAGAAUCUCUGCCUUGGAGUGAGCAAGCUAUCACCAACGAAGCUGGAUCUAUUCAGAAAGACCUGAUGGAUCUUAAUCAACGCGGUUUCCUCACUAUCAACUCGCAGCCCGCCGUCAACGGCGCCAAGUCAUCUGAUCCGGUCUUUGGCUGGGGUCCGAACAACGGUUACGUGUACCAAAAGGCGUAUCUCGAGGUUCUUGUCUCACCUGAAUAUAUCGCUGAGGUCAUCACCCGUAUCGAGCGUGACGCUGACUUUACCUACUACGCCGUGAACAAGGAGGGCGAUUUGAAGACGAACGCUCCAGGCGAAGGUCCAAACGCCGUGACAUGGGGUGUCUUCCCUGGCAAGGAGAUCGUUCAACCGACGAUUGUAGAGACUGUCAGUUUCCUUGCAUGGAAAGACGAGUUCUACAGGCUAGGUGACCAGUGGGCGAACUGCCAUGCCAGCGUCAGUCCAGCACGAUACGUUAUUCAGGAGUUGAUGGAUACUUGGUACCUCCUUAAUAUCGGCGAGUGGUUUGUGUCUCGAAGAUUACACAACGACUUCCACGUCAACGGCGGAAUUUUCCACCUCUUCGACGGCCUAAAGGUCGCGAAUAUGGAGAAGGCGUUGUACAAUCCCAGCGUCGACGUGCCUACCAAUGGUCACGAGGCAACGAACGGCGACUCAGGCAAGACGAACGGCACCAACGGCGUGACCUCCGAGGCGAGCGGUGAAGAGAAGAACAAGCCAGAGCUUGUUGACGCCGCCAAAGUCGGCACCGGGGAAGCCAUCAACGGCGUGAAGAACACCACCCUAUCCGCCUAG